UUAAAGAUCAUCUGUUGUUUCAUUAAACUUCAACGUUCGCACCCAUUCUUUAAAUCUCUCCUAAAUAUUAAGAAAGAAGAAAAAAACAGUGGUACAGUACGGUGUCCGAGUCUAAUCAUCAAGAAAUUCUAUUAAUUGAACGGAAAGUUUUAUACCCCUGCGAUCGUAGUUUCUUCAUUGCUGCAGUUAGAUAUAAAAAAGUUAAAGACGAUCAAUCGUUCAAUGAAAGAAUUCCUUGCAUCGCAUCACACUUCAAAUUUCAGGAAUGGGAACAAAACUCUUAUAUGCCAAAAAUCCAAUAGUUAGUUCCCCAAACAAACAUCUGUAUAAGUUGGGUAUAUAUACAAUUCAUACAAAAUUGGGUAAUUCAAAAUGGAUAGGAUUCUUGAAUUGAAGAGUAGUACAGAGUCCAUCAAGAGGACAAUGCUCAUGCAUGAGGACAUUUUCAAGCAACAGGUAAAAGAGCUCCACAAACUAUAUAAUCAUCAAAGGAAACUGAUGCUGGAUGUGAAGUAUGAGAUGUCAAAGAUAGAGGAUCCAAGACACAAGUCUAUGAUCAAUUACAACAUGUCUACUUGGCAGCAGCGUAGAAGAGAAAUAGGGUUUAAUAGUACUAUUAAUGUUUAUGGUUUAGUAAAUGAUCAACAAUGGGAAACAAGUGGUAGUUGCUCAGGUGAGAACUCAAAAACAAUGUUAAUACCAAAUAGAGGAUUGAAUAAUCUUGAAAUGGCACAAAGAAGUUCAACUAGUAAUUAUGAGGAUGAGAUUCAUAGAAGUGAUGAGGAAACAGAAGUGGAGCUAACACUAAGCAUUGGACCUACCAAUAGUAAAAAGAGGUUGAAAAGUCGUAAAGAAAAGGAGAUGAAUGUUUCUACUUCACCCAAGAUUGAAGAUGCUACUUCAAGUGCUACAUUCAACAAAGAAAGUGCCCCUCAAGCUUAUUGGUUUUCCCAAGAUCUUAGUUUAAAUAGGACAUAG